GCGCGCCGGUCGGGCUGGUCCUCGGUGCCCGCUUGCACGGUCGCGGGGCUGGGUAGCAUCCGCGGCCCCGGGCCCCUGCGAGCGCCCCUGGAUGGAGCCGUGCGUCCUCCCCGCGGGGGCGCAGCACCGGCUGCGGGCGCAGGGCGCGCAGGGCAGCCCGGCCAUGCUGGCCCCCGGCUGCGCGGCGCUCUGCCUGCUGCUGCUGGCUCAGGUGGGUGUGCAGCAGGCACCUGCGUGCGCCGUGGGACCCACAGCGGCCUCGCCGGGGAGCCCGAGCGUCCGGCGUCCUCCUGGCCCCGCGGAGUGGCCGGGCUGGGUGGAAAAGGGCGAGUAUGACCUGGUGUCUCCCUACGAGGUUGACCACAACGGAGACUACGUGUCCCAUGAAAUCAUGCACCCCCAGAGGAGGAAAAGGGCGCUGGCCCAGCUCGGAGCUGACUCUCUGCACCUUCGGCUGAAAGGCUUCAGGCACGACUUCCACCUGGAUCUGAAAACUUCCAGCAAUCUGGUGGCGCCUGGAUUUCUCGUACAGACUUUGGGGAAGGGGGGCACUAAGUCGGUGCAGACUUUCCCACCCGAGGAUUUCUGUUUUUAUCAAGGCUCGUUACGAUCCCACAAAAAUUCCUCAGUGGCUCUUUCGACCUGCCAAGGUUUGUCAGGCAUGAUAAGAACCCAGGAAGCGGACUACUUCUUGAAGCCCCUCCCUUCACACCUGGCAGGGGCCCCCAAGGACUCUGCGGGGGCUGGGCCUCCCUCCCACAUCCUGUACAAAAGAUCCACCGAGCCUCGGGAUCCAGGGUCCCACCAGGUCGCGAUGAUGGAGAGAAAUUGGCGGCUGGAAAACCACCACCUCUUCCACCACGAAGAUCAACCCCCGCGCGGUGGCUCCAGUCCCAGGCAACCACAGAAGCUGCAUUUCUGCGGAAGACGCAAGAAAUACAUGCCCAAGCCUCCCAAGGAAGAUCUUUUCAUCUUGCCUGAUGAGUAUAAGUCGUGCAUAAGGCACAAGCGGUCCCUUCUGAAGUCUCAUAGGAACGAAGAACUGAAUGUGGAGACAUUGGUGGUGGUUGACAAAAAGAUGAUGCAAAACCACGGUCAUGAAAACAUCACCACCUAUGUACUGACAAUACUCAAUAUGGUGUCUGCUUUAUUCAAAGAUGGAACAAUAGGAGGAAACAUCAACAUUGCCAUUGUAGGUCUGAUUCUUCUGGAAGAAGAACAGCCAGGGCUAGUGAUAAGCCAUCAUGCGGACCACACCUUGAGCAGCUUCUGCCAGUGGCAGUCUGGAUUGAUGGGGAAAGAUGGGACUCGCCAUGACCAUGCCAUCUUACUAACCGGCCUGGACAUAUGUUCCUGGAAGAAUGAACCCUGUGAUACUCUUGGAUUUGCACCCAUAAGUGGAAUGUGUAGUAAAUAUCGCAGCUGUACGAUUAAUGAAGAUACAGGUCUUGGACUGGCUUUCACCAUCGCCCACGAGUCUGGACACAACUUCGGCAUGGUCCAUGAUGGAGAAGGGAACGUGUGCAAAAAGUCAGAGGGCAACAUAAUGUCCCCUACGUUGGCAGGACGCAACGGGGUGUUCUCCUGGUCACCCUGCAGCCGCCAGUACCUGCACAAAUUUUUAAGCACUGCCCAAGCUACAUGCCUUGCGGAUCAGCCAAAGCCUGUGAAGGAAUACAAGUAUCCUGAGAAGCUGCCGGGAGAGUUAUAUGAUGCAAACACACAGUGCAAGUGGCAAUUUGGAGAGAAAGCCAAGCUCUGCAUGCUGGAUUUUAAAAAGGAUAUCUGUAAAGCCCUGUGGUGCCACCGGAUUGGGAGGAAAUGUGAGACUAAAUUUAUGCCAGCAGCAGAAGGCACAACUUGUGGGCGUGACAGGUGGUGCCGCGGAGGGCAGUGUGUGAAAUAUGGUGACGAAGGCCCCAAGCCCACCCACGGCCACUGGUCAGACUGGUCUCCUUGGUCUCCUUGCUCCAGGACCUGCGGAGGAGGGGUGUCUCACAGGGACCGGCUCUGCACCAACCCCAGACCAUCGAAUGGAGGGAAGUUUUGUGGGGGAUCCACGCGAACUCUGAAGCUUUGCAACAGUCAGAAAUGUCCCCAUAACAGUGUCGACUUCCGUGCCCUGCAGUGUGCCGAGUACAAUAGCAAACGGUUCCGAGGAUGGUACUACAAGUGGAAGCCGUACACCCACGUAGAAGAUCAGGACUUAUGCAAACUCUACUGUAUCGCAGAAGGAUUUGAUUUCUUCUUUUCUUUGUCAAAUAAAGUCAAAGAUGGGACUCCAUGCUCGGAGGAUAGCCGUAAUGUUUGUAUAGAUGGGAUAUGUGAGAGAGUGGGGUGUGACAAUGUGCUGGGAUCCGAUGCUGUGGAAGACUCCUGCGGUGUGUGCCGGGGAAAUAACUCCAGCUGCACAACGCACAAGGGCCUCUAUGCCAAGCAGCACCGUGCCAACCAGUAUUACCAGAUGGUCAUCAUUCCUUCUGGAGCCCGGAGUAUUCGCAUCUAUGAAAUGAAUGUAUCUACCUCCUACAUUUCUGUGCGAAAUGCACUCAAAAAAUACUACCUGAAUGGACACUGGACAGUGGACUGGCCUGGCCAGUACAAGUUUUCAGGAACUGCCUUCAACUACAGACGGUCCUACAGGGAGCCCGAGAGCUUAAUCUCCCCUGGGCCAACCAACGAAACAUUGAUCGUGGAGCUUCUGUUUCAGGGAAGGAACCCAGGCAUUGCCUGGGAAUACUCUGUGCCACGGUUGGGGGGUGAGAAGAAGCUCAGCACCCAGUCCAGCUACACGUGGGCCACCAUCCGCUCCGAGUGCUCCGUCUCAUGUGGAGGGGGGCAGAUGACCACGAGAGCAGGCUGCUACAGAGACCUGAGGUUCCCGGUGAACGCAUCAUUCUGCAACCCCGACACCCGGCCUGUCACAGGGGUCAUGCCUUGCAAAGUGUCCGCCUGUCCCCCCAGGUGGUCCGUGGGGAACUGGAGCGCCUGCAGCCGGACGUGCAGUGGAGGCACCCAGAGCCGGCCUGUACAGUGCACGCGGCGGGCACACUACAAAUCGGAGCGGGUCUCCGCCAGCCUGUGUCCGCAGCCCGUGCCCUCCAGCCGGCAGGCCUGCCAGCCUCAGAGCUGCCCACCCGCGUGGAGCACCGGGCCCUGGGCAGAGUGCUCUCGAACCUGCGGGAAGGGGUGGAGGAAGAGGUCCGUGGCCUGUAAGAGCACCAACCCCUCGUCCAGGGCGCAGCUGCUGCCUGACGCUGUCUGCACCUCGGAGCCCAAGCCCAGGACUCACGAGGCCUGUCUGCUCAGGCGCUGCCACAAGCACAAGAAGCUGCAGUGGCUUGUGUCCGCCUGGUCCCAGUGCUCUGUUACGUGUGAAAGAGGAACACAGAAAAGAUCCUUCAAAUGUGCUGAGAAGUAUAGUUCUGGGAAGUACCGCGAGCUGGCCCCGAAGAAGUGCUUGCACCUACCGCAGCCCCACCUGGAGCUGGAACGCAUCUGCGCCCCAUUUCCCUGCCCUAAGCACCCCCUGUUCGCAGCUGCAGGCUCCCCACAGGCCGACUGGUUUGCCUCGCCCUGGUCUCAGUGCACGGCCAGCUGUGGAGGCGGCAUGCAGACGAGGUCCGUGCAGUGCCUGGCGGGGCGCCGGCCAGCCGUGGGCUGCUCCGCGCACCAGAAGCCCGCGGCCUCCCAGGCCUGCAACACCCGCUUCUGCCCCAUCGCACAGAAGAAAGACACCUUCUGCGAGGACCGCUUCCACUGGUGCACCCUGGUGCCCCAGCACGGGAUGUGCAGCCACCACUUCUAUGGCCAGCAGUGCUGCAAGAUGUGCUCCACAUCCAACCUGUGAGCUGACAGGGCACAGGAGGUACCUGUUUCCAGCACCAGCGAGCUGUGUGGUCUACACCGGGGUGCUUCCGAGGAAGACGGAAGCUGGGAGAAGAAAAAACAUCUGGGGCUCUUAUAUAUGAUUCUGUGCAUGCCUGUGUGUGUGUGUGUGUGAGCACGUGAGCGUGUGUGUGAUUUGUGUGUGUGAGCGCAUCCCCAGGCACAUGGACAUGCUCUCGGGGAGGUGGGGAUGUCGAGUCAGGCCACAGGGUGCACUGUGCAGCAGGGCACGUGCUCACCUAGAAGUGCAGAGCUUUGUCAAGGAAGGCAGGCCAGGAAAUGAGGGAGAAAUACAGAACAUCUGCCUCUAAGGCUGCCGGCCCAGCUCCCACCUGGAGGUCCCUUCCGACGGCGAGAUCAGCUUUGGGCUGAGUCCCCAGGCCCAUCCUGCCCCAAGAGCAGUUUCUCUGCACAGGGACCUGGGGCCCGGACAGGAGAGCUGGUCUCCAUCCUGACUGGGGACCUCGCCUCUGGAAACGGGAAAAUGAAAUCCCUGCUAGGGUGCUCCUGUCCCUUUCAUACUCGUGUGCUGGAGGAAGAGAAUUUUCUUAUUUUAUGUUUUAUCUUUCUCAGUUAUUUACAAGUGAGUGUUCCUAUUUAAACCCAUUUCUUACUGCUUUUCUAUUUCAAGUGACAGAAUUACAGGUUGUAUCUGAAUUAGAGACUUACCGGUUACACCGAAUCCCCACCGUCCUACUGAGGACUAGUGGUGGGUCCACUUGGGCAGAUGUCAAGUGAUGACCUUGGAGCCCUGUGUUUCAUUUUUGUAUUUUGCGGGGUUUUCAAAAAAAAUGUUUCCGUAAAUUUUGGUUGUUUUUGUAACACCCAUUCAGAAGGAAGGCCUAUUUCCUGGUGAAAAGCUGCGCGGCUGGCCUCUGACAUCCUCCCGUCAGUAUCCGUGCGGCUUUUAAUCCUUUCCUGUGGUGCGAUCUCCAUUCCAAAUGGCACCUGGAUAUUUAUAUUUACUGAAGUUUUAUAAUAAAUUUUAUAUUGUGCGGCGUGCUUCUGAACUGCUCGUGAGUCUUCAUGACGUCUGCUCUUAGAUGCGAGUGCUGGCACAGAGACCGGGAAAUUGGCCUCAAAGAGAAAUGGGGCUCCAG